AUGAUAUCAGAUAGAGAAAAUCAAUCCCUUAUUGAAGAUGUCUCGUCUUUUGUUAAACUUGAAAAGAGUUGGUUGAAUAAUGGAUCUAAUGAUCCAAAAAGAAUUUGUCCAGCUCCUGAACACAACAAAAAGCUCAUUGGGCAUUUGUCUCAAGCCGUGCUGUUGAUAGCUAACUUGAAGGAAGCUGAAGUUUUGAAACAUCAUCCUCAAAUAAAACCGGGUGGGCGUUGGAAGCCAGAAGAUUGCAUAGCUGUACAUAAAAUAGCGGUUAUAAUUCCAUUUCGAGACCGCCAAUCACAUUUGACUCGUCUUAUUGAUUUUCUUAUUCCAAUUCUUCGAAGACAGCAACUAGAUUUUCGAUUCAUUGUCACGGAACAGUAUGGAAAUAACUUGUUCAACAAAGGACGAAUCAUGAAUGCAGCAUUUCGAUUAGCUGAACAACUUAAUGUUAGCUGCGUUAUUUUUCAUGAUGUUGAUAUGUUUCCUCAAAAUGAUCACAAUUCCUAUGGUUGUCCACCAACACCACGUCACAUUGGUGCUUUUGUGAGUAACCUCGGAUACCAAUUAUGGUAUAGAGAAAUAGUUGGUGGCGUCUUAGCAAUUAGUAUGGAUGAUUACCGAGCAGUAAAUGGAUAUUCAAACAUGUAUUGGGCCUGGGGUGGAGAGGACGAUGAUAUGGGAAAACGGAUAAUAGCCCAGAAUUUAACUAUUGAAAGGCCUGACGUUAUAACUGGACGAUUUACAAUGUUGAAACAUUUGAAAAGAAAGCGAAUAGCAUCAAGAUUGAUAUUCAAAUUAUUAGAUAAUGCUGAAACGCGCUACCGUACUGAUGGAUUAAAUAUUACGUUGAGGCCCUUGUAUUAUCAUUUAUAUGUUGAUGUUGGAAAUCCUCCACCGGAAUGGAUAUAA